GAGUGUGAGUCUGUGCGCAUCAAUUAAUCUAUAUGAGUAAAUGUUUGUAUAUUAUAUAUGAAUGUGUGUUUGUAAGUGUAUGAGAAUGUAAGUCUAUGUUUAUAAAUGAAUCUGUAUGAGUAAGUAAAUAUAAGCCACACAGACUAACAGUUUCAAAUGUAAGAAUGAGUGUGUAUGAGAUAUAAAUGUGUUUAUAUAUGAAUUAGCCUGUAUGCGAGUGUGUGUUAUAAAGGCAAAUGUUGGUUAAAAUACAUGAAGUGAGGAAACCUGGCCACUUCAGUAAGCAAUGUUCGUGAGCACAAGUUCCUGAACGAACGAACGCACGCACGCGCGCGCGCGCACACACACUUCCUCAUCGCGCGCCUUCACACCGCGGUACCCGAUUUCCUGCGCAUGCGCAGUUGCCGUUUUUGCGCUGCAGGGUCGCGAACUCUGACCUCCCCGUGGCGAAGUGUUUUGGGCAAAUAUUGAUGAAAAACGUUGGAUUUGUUGGUACUAAAAUCUUGAGCGGCACGGUUGUGCAUCGUAGGGGUGUAUCUGGUGUGUGUUUGGGAUGGGGAGUUGUAUUUAAGCCUGUGCGGUGUGUGGGGUCAUCAUGGCAGGAGAAAGUCCCAGAAUUCAGCUGGUGUCAGCAGAUGGAGGUCUGCAGAUUGUGACGGAUCAGCAGCUAGGCCAAAAGCUCCAGAUAGUAACGGCGUACGAUCAGACGGGAGCCAGCAAGCAGCAAUUCAUUUUAGCCAACGUGGAUUAUCCCAAUCAGGACAAAGUCCUCCUAAAGCACGAGAGCUCCCCCGGGAAAGUCAUCCUGACUUCAGCGGAUGGAUCAGCUGUCAAUCAAUUACUUUUUACUUCACCUGAGCUUGCAGGCCAGCAGAUACAGUUCGUCACUGAGGGAACAGAGCAGAGCUCUCUUAAGCCUCUGGUAGAGUACUGUGUGGUGUGUGGAGACAAAGCUUCAGGUCGUCACUACGGAGCGGUGAGCUGCGAAGGCUGCAAAGGCUUUUUUAAAAGGAGCAUCCGCAAGAACCUCGUGUACACGUGUCGCGGCUCUGGGGAGUGUGUGAUCAAUAAGCAUCACCGCAACCGCUGCCAAUAUUGCAGACUGCAGCGCUGCAUGGCCCUCGGCAUGAAGCAGGACUCCGUGCAGUGUGAGAGGAAGCCGGUGGAGGUGACGAGGGAAAAGCCGGCCAACUGCGCCCCCUCCAUCGAGAAGAUCUACAUUCGCAAGAACCUCUGCAGCCCCCUGGCAGCCAUGCCCACAUUCGUCAACGAGAAAGAGACGGCCAGGUCUACCAAUGUGUUGAACUCCAACAUGCUUCUCAACAUCCAGCAGUCCCUGUCCAAGUUAGACAACACAAUCCUCAUCCCCUCCUCACCAGACCAGAAUGAUGAAUCUCAGGGCGAUCUCAGCACGCUGGCGAACGUGGUCACGUCUCUGGCCCACAUGAGCAAGAGCCGCGAGGUGACGGACAGCAGCGCCGAUCAAUCGGGACUGGAGAGCAUGAGCACUGAAGGCGGCUCUGUGAACGACGUCCACCCAGACGAGCAGAAUUCCAGCGAAAUCACUCAGGCCUUCGAUUCUUUGGCCAAAGUUCUGCAGCCAGAGGAUGGGAACAGUUACGCCAUAGAGGGGAGCAUUUCUGAGGAGCAGAGCGCCACCAUAUUGGAGCUGGAAGGCCCGCUGCUUUCUGACAUGCAUGUGCCUUUUAAGCUGAUGAUGCCCUUGCCUGUGCCCGAGUUCCUUAAUUUGAACUACAUCUGUGAAUCGGCCUCUCGCCUGCUGUUUCUUUCCAUGCACUGGGCGCGAUCCAUUCCUGCUUUCCAGGCUCUCGGGCCAGAGAACGGGAUCACACUGAUAAAGGCGUGUUGGAAUGAGCUCUUUGCUUUGGGCUUGGCUCAGUGUGCUCAGAUCAUGAAUGUGGAGAUGAUCCUCAGUGCUAUAGUCAGUCACCUGCAGAGCAAUCUGGAAGAAGAGAAACUCUCCGCAGACAGAGUAAAGCAAGUGAUGGAGCACAUCUGGCGAAUGCAGGAGUUUUGUAACAGCAUGAGUCGCGUGAACCCCGAUUCCUACGAGUACGCCUACCUCAAAGCCACCGUCCUCUUCAGCCCAGAUUAUGCUGGAGUGGACAGCACUCUCCAGAUCGAGCGCUUCCAGGAGAAAGCUUACAUGGAGCUGCAGGACUACGUCAGCAGGGUGUACCCAGAGGACACGUACCGUCUGUCGAAGUUGCUGCUACGCUUGCCCGCUCUGCGUCUGAUGAGCGCCGCCGUGACCGAGGAGCUGUUCUUCGCCGGCCUCAUCGGGAACGUCCAAAUCGACAGCAUCAUUCCCUACAUCCUUAAAAUGGACUCCACCGACUACAACAGCCAAUCAGCCGGAUGCACAGAGUGACUCGAUCCCCACCAUACCAACGCUCCCAUCAGCCUCAGGGCCGUAGUGCCUGCUGUCUGACCACACCGUCAUCUCGCCACCCUGAAAGUGACCUUUUGACUCUGAUGUAUUGGACUCAGCAAAUAAAACAUGGCCUUUAGACUGUGCAUGGAUGUAGAAGGUUGAUGUUUUACAAGCUGGUGCAUGAUGAAAACUGAGCCGCACUUUUUUUUAUUUUAGAUGUCGGAUUUGGAGAACCGGCUUGCUUAAUUUAAACAGGUUCAGGAAAUUUUGCGAACUCUGCAAGGACUUGAUCAAAGCUUUAUCUUGCUGGAUGUACAUGAAUCGUGUAUAUAAGUGUAAUAAAUCUCCCUCUUAUACAGA